AUCAAUAUUUUGAAUUGCUAAACAAAUAAAUGAUCCGUAUCUUGUCAAUCAUACCACAUAUUGACUCACUUUAUUUGCCAAGUUUAUAAAAGUCGAAUACAGAUAUACUUCAGUUUUUAAAAAUCUUUAAGGAAUAAUUAAAACAAAAGUAUAUCCACUUCCUUUCUCACACAGAACAAUGCUGCAAAUGAUCACUGGUUACAGUUACUGUAACAAACAACAUAAACAUAGUUCAGACGCAGAGGCGGAACAAUGUAAUAAGGUGGAAAUUGAAAAAAUAAGGAACCAACAUAAACUGGAUGAGGCGAGCUUGGAUAUUAAGAAACAAAAUGACCGUAAUGAAGCAAAGGUUAGAGAGUUGGAGAAAGAGCAGAAAGAUAGAGAAAUGCAAUUGGAAAGGUUAAGACUUGAGCUGAAGCAAACUGAGGAAAAUCGAAGGCGUGAAAAGGACGAAGCGAAGAUUGAACUUGAAACAUUGCAACAGAAAUUGAAGCAUGAAGAAAGAAUGCGGAAAUUAGAAUUAGAAGAGAAAAUAAGUGCAGAGUUAGCACUCGAAAAACUUCGAGAGAAAACGGAGCACGAAGAGAAAAUGCGGAGGAUGGAUUUAGAAGAGAAGAAAAUACACUCAAAAGCUUGCGCUGUCCUUUAGCAACGACAGAGAUCAUGACAACUGUCAAUGCAUAAUUUAUGCAAUUUAAAAAGGUGUUGAAAAAUAUAUUCUUUUUAACUGAAUUUAUAUAAAUGUACAUGUUAGAUUUGUCCGACAAUUUUACAUUAUUAUUAAGUAUUUCAAACAUUUUAUCUUGCUUAGUGCAUAGUUUCACUGUUAAGCCUUCUUCGGAACAGCGUCCGUUAGUGACGUUCGUUUCUAAAAAAAAUCGUGCCCUUUACUUAAUUACAUGUAGAGAGCGGGCCGAUAGCUAAGAGGUAUACUAACUGUUUAUGUAUUUUAUGGAAGACGAAUUUUAUUUUCCACCUGAAAUCUUCUGAUUUGAUAAUUGUAUGAACGAGUUUUCUAAAAAUAACCUUUUACCUUUAGAAAAGUUGAAGGCCUCUUUACAUAUUUAGUGUUAACUAACGUAUAUAAAAUUGUAUAUGCCUACUUGAAAUUUAUUACAAUUACAAAGAACAAUAAUAAUAAUAAUGAUGCUUAUGAUUAGAGGUACAAUUAUAAUAUUUCUAUCAGGGAUAACGUGCAUUUCGUAUUUGGCUCGACUUCCGUCCUAUAUUUAGAUCAAGUUGAUCAUUUGAAAUAUUAUUUGUCCGCGAGAAACAAAAUAUAAUAUUCUUCUUCAUCAACACAUAAAUUCUCAUUUUUUUUUAUUUUAAAGGUCCAUUGUGCAAAGAAAUUUUAUUAUAUUUAUUUCUAAUUUUUUUUUCUAUUUUUGGUAUUUUGUUACAGAUUCCAAAACAUGCUCAUUUGCCGUUUAGAUAAACUAUCUUUCCUCCAUUUGCUUUGUUUCCAAUUUGUAUAAUUUAAGUGAAUUAGUAUUUUGUAUGGAAGUCAAAAUACUACUUAGUUUACAUUUUGCUACCUUUACCUCAUGUAUAUUCAGCGCUACUUUAUAUAGCUGUUUAACAUCUGACAUAGUCUAAAUCUAUUAUUGAAACAUUAUUCAACACAUAUUUGACAUAUUAAAAAAAUUUAAUAAAUAUGAUUUCUGAGGCAUAAUGUGUCUUUAAGACACUUUUUCUGCUAAAUCCACAACAAGUUGUACGCUUCUGACUAAUAACUACUCAAAUGAAAUACAUGCAAUUUACGGAGCGCACAAAAAAUGAACAAUUCAAAUUUAAUGACUUUGGAUAGAACAUACAGGGAAUUCCAUAUUUAUAGAGUGUUCCAGAACAACGGUGUGUUAUUUUUAAAUAUCCUACUCUCUAUCCUCGUUUAUAUUAUACAUGUAACUUCUUUUUUAAGUUAUCUCUUUUCUUUUGUUUAUAUACCAUGAUACGUCUUAUUGUAUACCCCUGUGUCAUUGACUUUGUGAUUUUAAUAAAA